UUGAAAUUUGAAAUUUGAAUUCAUGUUUGGUUUUGAUUUGUCUUACAAACAAUAGAAUUAUAUAUUAAGUUAAUGAAGAACAAUUAGCCUAAAUGGCAUCCAAAAAGCCUAUAUCUGGAAAUAAACAGAAUUCAAUUUUUAAUUACAUUAAGAAAAAUGAUGGUAAUUCAAAAGAUGAAACAAACAAAAGCAAAGAUCAAAGUACAGAAAAGAAGUCAAAAUUUGUGUGGAAAUCGAGAUCUUCAUCCACAAAUAAUUUCACUCCACCGUUCAAGAAUACCAUAGAAGAUAAUAUUAAGUCUGUAAAUAGAGAUAAACAAGCAAAAUCUGAAUAUAAUUCUUCAGUGCCAAAUUGUUCUUUGAAUAAUAUAAAAACAAAUUUCAAUGUUGACAAUCAAAGUGGGGAUAUGUUUGACGCCAUGGAUGUGGAUGAUUUCCCAAGUGCUUUUAAAGAAGACAAUAAAUCUGCAGAAUUAAGUAAAUCAAUUAGGAUAAGUGCUACACCAUCUCCAGAAAAAAUAGAAAAACCAGUAAAAGUUAAAGAGAAAACAUUGAAAACUCCAAAAAAAUUAAGUCCCAAGAAAGACAAAGACCCUUUAAAGAAUAUAAAAUUAGAUAGUUCUUUAACAGAAUUCUUAUCAGAAAUAGCACAGCAUCCAGCAUUAAAAAAGGAAAAGCAGAAAAAACUUCUCUCACAUGAUGAUAUAGAUAAAUGUAAAACAAUGUACAUAAAAAUAUUAGAAAAAAUCAGUGAUGCAUUUAAUAGAAUACCAAACUGCAUCAAAGAGAAGUUCCCAGGCUAUGACAGUAAAACCUAUGCAAAGAUGAAUUACCUGAAAACAAAAUUAAAAUCAGUUAUACAACGGAAACCUAAUGAUACAUUGCAAUCAUCUUCAGAGACAUUAAAUACCAGCUGUGAAGCAAAUGGUAGGGAGAGCCCAUCCAUAAUAGGAAAUGAUGACAAAGAUCUUGAUGAUUUUAUUUUUCAAAUAAGUGCUAAAAUAGCUAAAAUAGAAAACGAAAGUGUUAAUGUCCUUGAAACCUCAACACCAGAAAUGAACAAUUUCAAUAAAAACCAGCCUACAAAAACAAUAUAUUCAGAUCUUAUGGCAAAGAAAUCUUUAUCCUUUGAUGCUUUUUCACCUUGCAAUGAUUCCGCUCAAAGCAUUAAUUCUAGCGUUAACUCUGUCGAUAAUUUAAACACGCCAGAUAAUCAAAAUAAAACGAAAGGCAAAUUUGUUUUUAAAAGGCCGUCAGCGGCUGCAGAUAAUUCAAGUAAAAAUACACCAGACAAAGAUGUGCCUUCUAGUACUUUCGAAAGACUUAAACUUGCGUCAGAGAAGUUAUUGCCAUUUAAACCGGAAGAAGCGCCUAAAUGUUCUCCUAUAGCAAAUAGUUCUGUAGCAUUUCAGCCACCACAAUUGAGCAAGAGUGCCUUGAUGAAUUACGCUAAGCCAUGUACUGUAGUUUCGCCUAUUGUUAAAGACAGUCCAAAUGAUACUGAGUAUGACGAAACAGAUGAUUAUGAGGUGCCAUUAGAUAUAGAUGAGGUGACAGAUAUAAUGCCGGAAGAUUCUAGAACAAGUGUAAUAAAUAUUAGUGAUUCAUUGCCAAGUUCUAGCAAUGUAGGAACAGUUGAUGAUGAUAGUUGGCCGGAAUAUAGGCCAGAAGACUUUGAAGAUAUCAUGGAAGUCCCUAAGGAUGCAAAUGACGCAACGAAGGAAGAAAUUAAUUUAAUGGACGAGACACUAGCUGAUGUACCGAAGUAUGAAGGAAUGGGUGAUUUUCAGGCUGGUACACAGAACGAUGGCAUAACUGGUGAAUUUGAUGGUUUAAAUUAUCCACAUUCGGAUCUAAUGAUGGAAAUGUUCAAAGAGAAGUUUGGAUUGAAAUCUUUUCGUCCAAACCAAUUGCAAGUUAUCAAUGCGACUUUAUUAGGUCAUGAUUGUUUUGUGCUUAUGCCUACUGGAGGAGGCAAAUCAUUGUGUUAUCAAUUACCUGCAAUUUUGACCCCUGGUGUGACAAUAGUUAUUUCUCCAUUGAAGUCACUAAUUCUCGAUCAAGUGAACAAAUUAUUGUCAUUAGAUAUCCCAGCAGCCCAUUUAUCAGGGGACAUAUCAUUGGCAGAUGUAGAGGAUAUAUACCACAAGCUAUCUAUGAGAGAGCCUCCUAUCAAGCUCUUGUAUGUAACUCCAGAAAAGGUCAGCAGCUCACCAAAGUUCCAAAGCAUGCUGGACAUGCUUUAUUCGAGAGGAAAGAUCGCUAGGUUCGUAAUAGACGAGGCCCAUUGCGUAUCACAGUGGGGCCAUGACUUCCGACCAGAUUACAAGAGGCUGUUCAUCUUACGGGAACGAUUCCCGCAGACCGGGGUCAUGGCGCUCACUGCUACGGCCACACCGAGGGUCAGGAUGGACAUUUUGCAUCAGCUCAAGGUAACAAAUUGUAAAUGGUUCCUGAGCAGUUUCAACCGUCCCAACCUUGCCUACAGGAUAUUGGAGAAGAAGCCUAAAAGUAUAAACCAGGAAAUUGCUAAAAUAAUCAGAGAGAAGUUUUUCAGAGACUCUGGCAUAGUGUACUGCCUAUCUCGCAAAGAGUGCGAAAGUCUAACCGUGGACCUGCGCAAAGUGGGCAUACAAGCGGCCGCCUACCACGCGGGGCUCGCUGAUAAGAAGCGGGAGACCGUACAGGCGGGGUGGGUCGCUGAUAAAUUUAAAGUGAUCUGUGCUACCAUAGCGUUCGGUAUGGGCGUGGACAAGGCAGAUGUGCGCUACGUGAUCCACCACAGCAUGCCCAAGUCCGUAGAGGGGUACUACCAGGAGGCGGGGAGGGCGGGCAGGGACGGGGAGCCGGCCACGUGUCUGCUGUAUUACUGCUAUGGGGAUGUCGUGCGGUAUAGGCGGUUGCUGGAAUUGGAAAGGAACACCACCCCAGAAGCACGUCGCGUUCACGUCGAGAACCUUCUCCGUAUGGUGGAGGUCUGCGAAAGUGUAUCAGAGUGUCGCCGGGCGCAAGUGUUAGCUUACCUUGGGGAACGGUACUCAAGGGAAAAGUGCCGAGCGGCUGCAGCCACCGCAUGCGAUAACUGCCUUAAUGACAACCAGUAUAAGCCUGUGGACGUAACAGAAGAGUGCAAAUCGAUAGCCCGCGCUGUUCGCUCAGCCGGUAGAAGCAGUUUCACCUUACUGCACGUGGCUGAUGCGUUACGCGGUUCUACACAACAGCGGUUGGCGGCUUUGAGGGACUCGCCGAUACAUGCCAAAUGUAAAAGCUGGCCCCGUGGCGACCCCCAGCGCUUACUUCGCCAGUUAGUCGUGCGCGGGCUGCUCAGCGAGCGGCUCGUCGUGCACAACGACAUCGCUAGUGCGUAUGUGGCGCUCGGACCUAAUGUUGACAAGCUAAUGUCUGGCAACAUUCGCGUGGUGUUCCCCAUGAAGGUGGAAAAGAAGACGAGUCUGGUAACAACUGCGCCUGCGCACAGCAACACCGAUACUACUGUCACUGCGCUUAUCAAGAGGAUCGAGGAACGAUGUUACGCUGAUUUGGUGGAAGCUUGCAGAGAAAUGGCGGCAGCCCGUGGGGCCUCUCUAACAGCAAUUCUCCCCCAAGCAGCGCUCAAAGCGAUGUCGGUCCGUUUGCCGGAAACGUGCGCGGACAUGUUAACGUUACCGCACAUAACUAGAGCCAAUUACGAUAAAUAUGGCGAAGGGUUGCUGAAGAUCACGUCCUCGUAUGCUGUGGAGAAGAUGGGUCUACUAAUGCAGUACCAAGAUGAGUUAGAAGAAGAGAAGAAAGCAGAAGACCAGGACUUCCAGGGCUCAGAGUCGGAUACGGACUGGAGCGGGCUUGCAAGGAGUGCGGAAACCAGCACUUCCUCCCAGAGGGGGAGGAAGACUUAUAGGGGAGGGGUGAGGAAGAGAUACAAACGCAAAAAGACACCAUCGUCAGCUAAGAAGAAGGCAUAUAGAGGAGCAUUCACAGCGAGAGGCAGGUCUGCUGCCAGGGGUGCGGCUAAAAGUGGUACUUCGGGAGGCUCAAAGCUGGGCACUAUGCCUAUACCGAAAACCAACACGGCUUCGAACCCGAGACCCGGCGUUUUCAAUCCAUCCAAAUUUAAACUAUAACCUUUGCACAAUUGUUGUUUUUACGAUCUUUUCUUUUAACAGAAGAACAAGGACUUUUUAAUUAUUUUGAUAAAGUUUAUUCAAAAUGGUCAAACUGUUUUUGAUUGAUUUUUUUUUAUCAAUUACUUGAAAGCUGUGAUUAUUUAAUUAUAAUUUUUUUAUCUUACGUAUUCGUCAAUGUCAUUUUGUUGUACAUAUUAUGAUAAUGCUCAGUGUUAAUUAAUAAUAAAA